AUGUUACUUUUGUCUUGUCCAUUCGUCGCCCAUGGUGCUCUGUGGCGUCGACCGUAUAUCCACAAGAAAAUUCCAGCAAGGCCCGGGGCUAUGACACCAAAACUGAUCCCCACCCCAAGGCCGACCUUUGUACUGAGGCUCAGUCCAGAGGAGCUGACGCUGGUCUGCACUGGUGAUGUGGUGGGCGGAAGCUGGGUUGAGGUUGCCGCGCCGACUCUGAUACUUGUCUUGGAGGGCUCGGAUGUGGUCACAACCGAGCCCUGUCCUGAUGAUGUCGACAUAGCUCCUGAUGUUGGGACUGGAGUUUCUGUAAUAGACGGGGAUGAAUCGCUUGUAGUCAAUAUGGAUUUAGCAGAGGAAAUAAUCGAAGCUGUUGCCUUAGUGGCCCACUCCAAAAAUUCGUCCACCGAGACAGCAAGCGCAUCCCCAGUGCCAGCACAGUUGGUUUGCAGUGUGCUCCAAACCGAUCUAAGGUCUUCUGGACUCUUCUUCGCUAUACAAUGUGCCGAGUUGUAA